UGUUUAAUAAUCAGAUUUAUUUAUUUCUGUUGACAGAUGCUGUGAACGGAUAGAAGAUGAAAAUCCUCAAGAAGGUCAAGCAGCAGGUGGCGCGCCGUCUGUCCCUCAGGAAACUGCUGAGCGGCGGCCAGGCCAUCGAGCUGCUGGCUCAGGAUAGAGACAGGAAGAGGUUCCGCUUCAGGACGCCGAUGGGACAAACGCCCGACUGCUGCUUCUCCUUCGCCGGGCUGCGGAACCAGGUCACCUUGCUGAUCCAGAAGCAGGAAGUCGAGGAAGGCGUAGAGGAAGGAACGGUGCUGUCGUGUGUGAACGACAUCGCCGCCGCCACGCAGCACACCGUGGCCUCACACCUGUGGUGUUAA